AUGGAUUCGCCGUUGUUUCUUCGCUAUCGGCCGGUUGUUUCGGUUGUGGAGCAGAGAUCGGAGCUGAAGAGCAAUCACGUCUGGGCCGGAUAUCUGGAAACGGUGCUUGCUGCUCUGAGGAAGCGAAAGGGGAAACCGGAGGACAGCAGGUGUCGCGAUUACGUGGUGCCAGCCGAGUGCUUCUAUCAGGCGCCGUUCGCCGAAUAUAUGAGAUAUAUCAGUGACGGUGUUAAGUUCGAAGUGGCACUUCAGGGUGAUUAUGUGCGUGCCCCCGUCUCACUAGAAUUGUAUUGGUUUGCGCGGGUACUGAAGGUUGCUGGUUAUUUCUUGUUGCUCCAGUAUGAAGGGAUGGAUCCCGAUCGUGACGAUCAGUACGAUUUCUGGGUGAACAUUGCUUCUGCAGAUCUCAAGCCUGUAGGCAAGUUUUCUCAUCUUGCUACUGAGCGUAGAAUUUUUCGCCCUCUUCCCUCCGUCUCGUUUCCCGACACAGAACGGCUCUUUUAUAAAACUUAA